UCAGGCAGCGGUGCGCGCCGAUUGGGCCGGCGGCCGCCGGGGAGCGGGGGCAGCACGUUGGGAUGCGCGCUACUUAAGGUCCAGCUGCGUGAGCCCUUGACGUGUUUGGUGUUGGAGACUGCCGGUUGCUGGUUGAGCGGCCGCCUGAGUGAGAAGACUUUUAGGAUGCCCAUGGUAGCGCGGAGGCUAAGAGAUCCUGACGUUAAUCCUUGCUUGUUGAUCCUAUUCCACCUCUUAAAUGAUGCCUAUCUUACAUAUUUAAGGAAUCUGAUGCUUCUACCAGAUGUAUGGAUGAAAAUAACUAUGACAAGGAAAGGUGUUCCACUUACUUCUUGAAGUACAAAAACUGCCGGAAAUUCUGGAAUUCUGUCAUGGUCAAGAGAAGACAGAAUGGAGUGGAGCCACCUAUGCCUACAGCGGCAGAACGAGACGAAAUCUUGGGAGCAAUGGGAAAGAUGCCAUAUUGAACGUUUGCAUUAAAAUUGUUUAUUUGACUUAAAAGCAGAUGAAUAUUUUAAAUAAAUGAUUACCGUAAUCUUUUAAGACCUUAUAGGCCUUACCCAGAUAGAUCUUGAAUUCUACAAAGGCAGAUAAAAUUAAGUUACCCCUGU